AUGGGAUCUCCUAAUCAGUUUUCUGCCAAGUUGUCAAGUCCAGAUAAACUCGUUUGUACCGUAGAUGCUAACAGACGGAUAUUGGAGCUUCAAUUUCGAAAAAUAUACAGGGAAUGCCAUCGUGCGCUGCAUGAGUUAUCCACUAGAUAUCAGGAAUUAAAUGAACUCAUUGAAUACGACGUGUAUCUGCAACGGUCUUUUUCUACUGAUUAUGGUGAUCUUUAUGACAAGUUGUGCACAGCGCGCACACUCGUCAAAUGUUUCAAAUCUAAGACUUCUGAUUUCGUUAAUCUUCGUCAAAAAGAUUCCAGUGAGAUCACGAAAUUGUUAGAAAAAAUUGAAUCUGUUUUCACCAUGAGUAAAAAGAGAGAGGCUACCACCGCAGAAUCUUUACUAUGUCAGGAAGUAAACUUAUGGCGCGACUGCGUACAAAUGAAGAGUCAGCUGAACUCUUGGGAAGAGGAGAAUGAUAAAAAGAUUCAGCGUCGCAAGAAACACAUCAGUCCAUCCAGAAGACCGUUGAAACAGGUUUCGAUUCCACUAGAAGGAUCUACUACACCGCCAGAGGUUGCAGCCUUCCAACGCUUUCUUGAUCACAAUGGCGGACGUCUUGGACGUUGGACCCAGAUGGAGCAUUCGGUUUUUAUGCGAUUGUAUGCCACUAAGAGCCACAAACUACGUGUAAAAGAUAACGGGGAAAUAGCUACGAUGCAACCCGAAAAGUCGCGCACUUUUGACUGCUCACAAAGCCGAAUGGAUGAAAAUACAGCGGUCGAUUCAGACGGACAUGUUGAAAAAUAUCCUACAGCAUUCCAUCGAAUGGUGGCAGACGCGCUAGUCACUAGGACCCCUGAAGAAGUGCUGGAACACGAAUGUUGGUGGAAUCAGCUAAAGAGCCUGGAAAACGCAAAGCGUCAUGCAAUAAAGGUAUGGAGAGAGUCCCGCAACAAACUUGUCCGGAAUGUUAGAACCAAUCAAAUAUCAGAAAAUGCACAGGCUUCAAGGUCCGGUCAAUCUGCAAUCAUGGAGGAACGAGAAACUCAAAAAUCGGCUUUAAAGAAGUGGUGUGCACAUCGGAAACUGAAAUCCAAAGCCCGUGUGAAGGCUGGACUGGACUCCUCUGAAUGUGCAAGCAAAGCACAAGAAUUGAGGAUGAACAAGCGUCAAAACCUAUCAACCGCGGAGCCGGAUGGAAAUCGGUUCAUUCAAUGGGCGGAAUGCCAGAAACAGCAAGUAGCCACUGCGUCAAAAGCCUGACUGAUACGUACCGGUUUUCUAAGUUCAUUGAGCAAGCUCUGUAUGGUGCCUUACUGGAGAAGGCUGGAUCACUUCGAAACAUGAUCUUCAAGACGCACGAGACCAUACAAUGUAAAUAUAAAUUACACGAUGUUCUGCGAAUACCGUCGUUUUAAUUCUACCCGUGUGUAUGCCUUUAAAACCCUUUUGUUUAUUGCAAAAACGCAUGUUCGCGUUCCUUUCUCAAGGUUUUGUCAAGUAUUCCUAUUGUGCUAACAUGAACCG